GGUUUUUCAAGCAGCUCGACAGAAAAGCGGAGACGGGCAGACAUCAUUUCUCUCUCGGCGUCUUUGGACUAUCCGCGCCAAGAAGACCUGGAGAAACCGUAUUUGUUUCUGUAGAGGAACAUAUUUAUCUGAUAUAACUCGCUCAAACUAGCUAUGGCCGACACCGUCGUUGACACAACCGCAGCUGCUGAGGUUACCGCCAAGGAGCCGGUGAAGGAGAAGAAAGAAGUUGAAGUGGAAAAGGAGGAGGCGGAGGAGAAGACGGACAAUGGAGACGCACCUGCUAAUGGCACAAAUGGAAAUCACGAAGACAAAGGGGAGGCUGAAGAGGACUGUAAAAAUGGAGAGAAGAAAGACGAGGAGGUGACCCCUGCCGAGGGGACCGACGCACAGAAGCGUGCUGCCGAGGAGGAAGAGGAAAAGGUGGACACAAAAAAGCAGAAGACAGAGGAGAACGGCGACUCAAAAGAGGCAGAAGUGGAGGCCUGAAGACGCCUGCCCUGCCUCACGUUUGGAGCACUGUCGUACCGGCCUGGUCAACAUUGUUUGUAGAGCUUGUGCUUUCUGUAUCUUUGAGAGAUCAUACUUUUCGUUCGCUCCCAUGUUAUCGCAUUGCACUGGAGUCCUGAAACAUAGUGGCCCUGUCUCUCUUCCUUUUAUUUUUUUUUAAAGAAAUGUUAUUUAUUGGUCUUUAAAAUUAGCCUUUUUUUUACUUGUUCAAGUUGGGCCAUGCUGUGAGAUCAGUUUUUCAUUUCUUGGUUUUUAUAUCUGUACGUUUUGAAGCACAAUCUCUAUUGUUUCACUGCUGACCAGAAGAAUCCUACAUCACAGGCAGCUGCUCACCUUCAAGGCUCAUGUUGACCUCUCAGAUUCACUUAAAGGACCAAAGAUAAGUUUUAAGCAGGGGCUAAUGACGGAUCGUUGUUGGCAUUGAUAGAUGAUGCAUAAUCUUUUGUGUUGCGCUGCUAGUUCAUCCCUGGCUUGGCUGCCAUGUUAACAUAACAGAUGGUGCAAGCGAAGAAGCGGGCUCAGUCUUGCACCUCCAUGCAGAUGCAUCUCUGGUGCAGGGUUUUGCAAUUUGUUGAAUUAACCCCUCUUAAAUCUUAACACUUUGGUCGUUCGCCCUGUAUGCAUUCCACGCAAGUUUGUACCAUUUCUAUGUUUUUCCCUUCAGUUCAACAAGUUCUAUGUUAUGGCUGGUAACCCAGUUUUGUGUCUUAAGACGGCUUUUUUUCAGAAACAUUCGGUUACAGCCACUGCUUUGUAUAUUCUGAUUAAAAAAGAAGAAAUUGUCUUUUUA